CAAAGCCCAUCAGUGCACAGACACAAAGAGAAAGCAGAGGGAGUCAGAAAGGGAAACACAGAAUUGGAUAGAAGAAAAUCUCUCUCAGGGUCAGUUUUUCUGUUUGGCAGAAAAGGAGACAGGAGCUCUUGGAGGCAGUGAAGGUCUCCACAGACUGAACACAUCAGGUCUCUCUGAUAAUCAUCUUAAAAAGUCUAGAUAAAAUAUGGUCAACGUAUGAAGAUCAAUUACGAGUGAAGCUCAACUUCAGAAUAUAAGACAGUGUGUUCAGAGAAUGCCUCGGAAAUGGAACAUGGGCAAGUAAGAUCAAUUACUCCCAGUGCCAGCCAAUCCUGCAGCAAAAGAGGAAGCAUCAGAUUCACUACAAACUUGCAGUGAUCAUCAAUUACCUGGGACAUUGUCUCUCCUUAGCUGCUCUCAUCAUUGCCUUCAUGCUUUUCAUGCGUUUGAGGAGUAUACGGUGUCUAAGGAACAUCAUCCACUGGAAUCUGAUUUCUACCUUUAUCCUCCGCAAUGCCAGCUGGUUUGGAUUACAGAUGAUUGAUCCCAGGAUUCAUGCCAGUAAUGAGGUCUGGUGUCGAUUGGUCACAGCUGUGUAUAAUUACUUUUGUGUGACUAAUUUCUUCUGGAUGUUUGGUGAGGGCUGCUACCUCCAUACAGCAAUCGUCCUGACUUACUCCACAGAUAAACUGCGCAAAUGGAUGUUCCUCUGCAUUGGCUGGUGUAUUCCACUCCCCAUCAUCACAGCCUGGUCAAUCGGGAAGCUAUACUAUGAAAAUGAGCAGUGCUGGUUCGGUAAGAGGUCAGGAAAGUACAUUGACUACAUCUACCAAGGCCCAGUGAUCUUCGUGUUACUGAUUAACUUUAUCUUUCUUUUUAACAUUGUGAGGAUCUUGAUGACAAAACUGCGUGCAUCCACGACCUCUGAAACCAUGCAGUACAGGAAAGCAGUGAAGGCUACACUGGUUCUGUUGCCAUUGCUUGGGAUCACCUACAUGCUGUUCUUUGUCAAUCCUGGCGAGGACGACGUCUCCCAGAUUGUCUUCAUCUACUUCAAUUCAUUCCUCCAGUCCUUUCAGGGCUUCUUUGUCUCCGUCUUUUACUGCUUCUUGAAUGGUGAGGUUCGAUCUGCUGUGAGGAAAAGAUGGCAUCGUUGGCAAGACAAUCACUCGAUCCGGACUCGGGUUGCCCGGGCGAUGUCCAUUCCAACAUCUCCCACCAGAGUCAGCUUCCAGAGCAUCAAGCAGACAACAGCUGUCUAAGCACAUAGACCUGGAGCAAGCUGACUCUACCACAAUUUUCCCUCCAACUAACCUCAGCUCCCUCUGUCCCUCCAACUGACCUCAGCUCCCUCUGUCCCUCCAACUAACCCCAGCACCCUCUGUCCCUCCAACUAACCCCAGCUCCCUCUGUCCCUCCAACUGACCUCAGCACCCUC